AUGCUGUACGCCGAGGACGACAAGCUUGUCUUCCGUUUCGACGACCACCUCCUCUGGGUCCAACCCUGGGGCGAGAAUGCGUUCCGCGUGCGAGCAACCAAGCUCGCCUCCAUGCCAACGAACGAUUGGGCCCUCGAAACAAAGCCAGACAGUCCAUCAGUCACGAUUGAGACCCCCGUUGGCGAAGAUGCAAGCAUCUCCAAUGGCAAAAUCCGGGCUACCGUCUCACGGCGUGGCAAGGUGAUCAUCUACGACUCAAACGGCACAAAGCUCCUCGAAGAAUACGCCCGGCACCGGCAGGACCCUCAAGAUCCCAAAUGCAGUGCCCUCUUGAUUGAAGCGCGCGAGCUGCGGCCCAUUCUCGGCGGCGACUUUCAUCUGAUGCAGCGGUUUGAAUCUCUCGAUCCACGGGAGAAGAUCUUCGGGAUGGGUCAGUAUCAGCAGCCGUAUCUCAAUCUGAAGGGUGCUGUUCUGGAGCUUGCGCAUCGAAACUCGCAAGCGAGUGUGCCUUUUGCAGUGUCGUCGCGGGGCUAUGGCUUUCUUUGGAAUAAUCCUGGUAUUGGGCGAGCUACUCUGGGGACCAAUGUGAUGAGCUUUGAGGCAUACUCCACUCGGGCUUUAGAUUAUUGGGUUGUAGCGGGGGAUUCGCCGGCGGAGAUUGAGGAGGCUUAUGCGAAGGUGACUGGAUGUGUCCCCAUGAUGCCCGAGUACGGCCUGGGGUUCUGGCAGUGCAAGCUCCGUUAUUGGAAUCAGGAGCAGUUACUUGACGUAGCGAGGGAGUAUCGGCGCCGUGAAGUUCCACUGGACCUUAUUGUCAUUGAUUUCUUCCACUGGAAGCAUCAGGGAGAGUGGAGUUUUGAUCCCGAGUUUUGGCCUGAUCCUGACGCCAUGAUCAAAGAGCUCAAAGAGCUCAAGGUAGAACUCAUGGUCUCGGUCUGGCCAACGGUCGAGAGUGCCUCGAAGAACUUCCCCGAAAUGCUGGAGCGUGGACUCUUGAUCCGACACGACCGUGGCCUGCGCGUGGCAAUGCAAUGUGAUGGCGAUAUCACUCACUUUGAUGCUACCAACCCCGAAGCCCGGCAGUUUGUCUGGAGCCAGGCGAAGAAGAACUACUACGAUCGUGGAAUCAAGGUGUUCUGGCUCGACGAGGCAGAGCCCGAGUACUCGAUCUACGACUUUGAUAUCUACCGCUAUCAUGCCGGCAGUAACCUGCAAAUUGGUAAUAUUUAUCCUAAGGAGUACGCACGCGGAUUCUAUGAGGGGAUGCAGGCCGAGGGCCAGACGAAUGUUGUCAACUUGGUGCGUUGCGCAUGGGCCGGGAGCCAGAAGUAUGGCGCGCUCGUCUGGAGCGGCGAUAUUGCAUCCUCAUGGAGCUCGUUCCGGAACCAGCUCGCUGCCGGCUUGAACAUGGGUCUCGCCGGAAUUCCCUGGUGGACGACAGAUAUUGGCGGAUUCCACGGCGGCAACCCCGCUGACCCAACCUUCCGGGAACUAUUCACACGAUGGUUCCAGUGGGGAACCUUCUGUCCGGUGAUGCGAUUGCACGGAGACCGUGAGCCCAAGCCAGAGGGCCAACCGACCGCCAGCGGCUCCGACAAUGAGAUUUGGUCGUAUGGCGAGGAGGUAUACGAGAUCUGCAAGAAGUUCAUCAGCGUUCGCGAGGAGCUGCGCGAGUAUACGCGGGGAUUGAUGAGAGAAGCGCAUGAGAAGGGUACGCCGGUGAUGCGCACGCUGUUCUAUGAGUUCCCGCAGGACGCGCGGGCCUGGGACGUUGAGACGGCGUACAUGUUCGGCUCUCGGUAUCUGGUGGCACCCAUCUUGGAGCCUGAGCAGCGCACCAUCAAGGUCUAUCUGCCUGCGGGGGCCAUCUGGACGCUCUGGGACAAGGUGCGCAUCCCGAUCGGAGACAUCCCGAGGAUCUAUCAGGGUGGCCGCGAGGUUGAGGUGAACUGUCCGAUUGAGACGAUGCCUGUGUUCUACCGCGUGAAUGCCUGA